CGGUGGCGGCGGAUCCGGUUACUGCUCUCCGAUCAGCUGCUGAUCAGAUGGAUUGAUCCCGUGUGCGAUCGUCCGAACCGAGUCAUCAUCUGAACCGAGUCAUCAUCUGAACCGAGUCAUCAUCCGACUGAGGGCGGAAUACAGCGCGUUCAUGACGCGAGCCUGAAGCGGUUUAAUCAUGGAUGUGUUCGGCUUUCUCAAUCUAAACGAGCUCGCGCUGGGGCUGUCAAACCUCUCCAUGUUCCCCUACUUCGACAUGGCGCAUUAUAUCAUCUCAGUGAUGAGUCUGAGAGAGCAGCCAGGAGCGCUGGAGGUCUCUCAGCGCAGUCCGUUUGCAUGUUGGUUCAGUUCGAUGCUGUAUUGUUUCGGUGGAGCGGUUCUCUCAGCGCUGAUGAUGGCAGACGCACCGGUCGCACCACUGACCAACACCACCAACCUGCUGCUCGCCUCACUCAUGUGGUACCUGGUGUUUUAUUGUCCUCUGGAUGCCGUGUACUCGCUGGCGUCCGUGUUGCCCGUGCGUCUGGUCUUGACGGCGAUGAAGGAAGUGACCCGUACCUGGAAGGUUCUGGGCGGAGUCACACAAGCAGGAAGGAAGUACAAAGACGGUCUGUUUGUGAUGAUCGCGGUGGGCUGGGCUAAAGGAGCCGGUGGAGGACUUAGUAACUUUGAGCAGCUGGUUCGAGGCGUCUGGAAACCGGAAACCAACGAACUCCUGAAGAUGUCAUACCCGACCAAGGUGACGCUGCUGGGAUCGGUUGUGUUCUCUCUCCAGCAGUGCCACUUUCUCCCGAUCCAGACGCAUCAGCUGAUCUUCAUCUACACGCUCUUCAUCGUCACCAACAAGAUGCGGAUGAUGUUGUUGGGUUCGUCCUCGUAUCCGUUUUCAGCGGUGGAGUCUCUGCUCUACAAGACGCUGUUCGCUCGACCUUUGACCUUUUCACCUCUGACCGACUCGACCCCGAGCUGCCAAUCUUCUCCGAUCCACAGCAAACCCAACGGAUCGGCUCCCAACAAACCGGACCAAACCAACCCCAAAGAUGCUGAAAACACCAAGAAGACGGACUGAUCCCGACGGAGAACAGACGGUGUUAUUGUAGCAGAAGGAACUUCUUCUUUGUGCCGGAGAAUCUUUUCUACACGUUUCCUGCUGAGGAAGUUUUGAAACGCACAGAUGCUCUUUUUAUCUUGAUAUCUGAUAUGUACAUAUUUGCUUGAGUUCUAUUCUUUUCUAUCCUGUAAUGGUGAGGAUAAUAUAUUUUAAUAAUAUUUAUAAUGCAUUUAUGAAUGCAGUCACUGAAAGUCGAAUGCUGGAACCCGUUUUAAGACGUUUGAGUGCUGAAAUGAUUGAAUAUAAUUCACUGGCUCUGA